AUUCAACAUAUACCAAAUCCGUGCAACGCUCCGCCAAUGAAUGUGAGCCCAAUCACCAUCAUCAUGGACGCGCUCUGGACGAACGCGGGAAGCCAGCCCAUUGCCGACAUUGUCAAGGCCAACGUGCAUCGCACCGACGUGGGCGAAGCUGGCACGCGCGACUGGACGGACGCGCUCUUGACGGACCUCGUCGCGCAGUGCGACCUCGUCGAUCACAGUGCAUCGCCAACGGCGAUUCCCAACGAAAGCCAGCUCGGCACGCUCCUCUCGGCGGCUGGCCUUACCAUUCGGUACGUCACCGAGACGGGUGUCUUCAAGGCGUACCUCGGUGCAUUUGAAGCCGUCUUUUUGCGCGUCUUGCGGCUGCCGCACUGGUCCAAGCCGUACUUGGGCCUCAAGAUGGUGGCGCUGCGCGGCUGCACGCGGCUCAUGGAGUGCUUCGAGUCGACGAGCGCGUCGCUGGCGCCAGUGCUUUUAACAUGGACGCACGAGCUAUUGGCGCAGUGCGCGCUCGAUAUGCUCUCGACGCAGCUGCUGUUUCGCCCGACGUGCGAGCUCCUCAACGUUUUGGUGCAGACCCAGCCCUCGACGGCAUCGACCCUCUUGACCGAGGUGUUGCCCGAAAUUCUGCAGCUCCACACAAGUGUCUUUGUGAAUUCGACCGACUACCAAAACGAUAUUGUCGAGUGGAACACAUUGGCCAACGUGGUGCUCGACCAACUCUUUCCCGCGCUUCCGAGUGCGCGUCAGCUCAUGACGGCGACUGCGUCCUCGACGCCGGCGUUUGGCUUUGCGGCGCGCGUGCCCGCCGCGCGCUGGGUGGCGUUUCUCGAGACGCUGCCGUUGACUGCGGACGUAGCUUCCAUCUCGACGAUCCUCCCGGCCCUCUACCGCCUCACGGUCAUCGAGUACGCCGGCGAUAUCGCAAACGAGACGUUCAAUCGCUUCCUCUCGCAUCUCCUCGACUCCAUGCGCGCACUGCCGUGGGAUCACCCGAGCCAGCUCGAGCUGGGCCACGGCCUUGUCGAGAGUGUUCGGGACCUCUUGAUCGCUGGCCACUUGCAGCAGCACGCGCUGGCGCCGGACGCGGCCGUGUUUGCGACGCUCGAGGCACUCGUGUACAAACUGCCCGAGCUCGCAAAAGACCGCCUUUUCAAAGCCGUCAAAGCCAUGCUGCCCGACCUCCGCGACGCGACGACCGAGGCAUUUAUCGCGCUCAUGUAUUGCAUGGGCAGCCGCUUCUGGGACCUCCAAGCGGCGUUUGUGCGGGACGUGGCCAUGAAGCUUGCGGACCCGCUCGUGUUUGGCGACGUGCUCUUUGUGCUGCAGCCGACCUCGGACGCCAACCACGAGCCCUACGAACGGCUCGUGGCGACGACCGUGGCGAUGCUGCAGAAGGGUCUCCAUCAGCUCCAUCGGUACUCCAAGCCGAUGGCACAACGGCUUCUUGGGUCGGUCGGUCACACGGUCGCCGGCGCCGGGCCGUUCAUGGCACCGUAUGUCGCGGACGUGGCCGAGACGCUCGUGGACCUCUAUGGCACGGGCUCGAGUUCGCUGCAAGAUCUCUUUGUGGUCGCGCUGACGCAUUUGUAUGUCGCGUGUCCGUUUACGGACACGGAUCUCGUGCAUGGAUACUGCGAUAUCCUCUCGUCGUCGGUGCUCGACGUCAAGGCCUCGGGCCUCGAGAGUCUGGCGAUUCUCUUGGCCAAGGACGCGUCGUGGGUCCUUGGCGCGCUUCCCGCGACGUUUUGGACGGCGUUCUUGGAGACGUGCACGGACGCGCUCACGUCGUUUCCUGUGUUUGAAGAGGACGUCCCGUUGAUUGUGCUGCAGCUGCAGCUCUGCACGCAACUGCUGCCACACCAGACCAACAUGGACGUCUGGAACACCAAUGUGCUCUUGCCGAUGGUCGCUCACUUUCACGAGAUCGUGCGCGACGAAGGUUUGAUCGAAGUCCAAGAGGCGUCCCAGCGCUUGCUCGACGCGCUCCAGCGUCGGUCGACCGUCUAGUCGUUAACUAGUAGACAACACUUUGUCGAUAGCGA